AUGAGGCUGUAUCCAGCACUCGGGGCCUUGUUCCUAGCCUCAAUCUCGACGGCCAGCGAUGAUCAAAAUACAAACCCCGCAUCAUCACUCAACAUUCUACGCCGCAAUGCCGAGAUCGAAACGCGCCUAGCGGAUGAACCCGUCCACGGCGUGCGCAAGAUGAGCACUGACGAAGGGGAGAAGUUUUUCCUCGAUUAUUGGCAGUUUGAAGAUACCGCUCAGGGUGGACUAGCAGAAAGAGAUCUCGCAGAAAUUAACGCUACCGCGAGCGACGAUGCGAAGAACCAGAAGGUAUUCCUUCGGGAUACCGGGACUGGAAUGUCCCCGACGCAAUUCCUGGCGAGAUCAUACGCCUUUAGUCCAUCUUUCGAUCCCGAAUCUAGGCUUCGCGGGAGUUUGUUGAAGGCGCGGGAUUUCAAGUGUCCUGGCGGCACGACCGCAUGUACAUCUAUCAACCGGUCUGAUCGGUGCUGCAGUACCGGCGAUACUUGCGUCAUUGUCACGGACACGGGGUCUGGAGAUGUCGGUUGCUGUCCUAGUGGACAGAUCUGCUCUGGCACGAUAGGGUCUUGCCAGAGCGGGUACACGACGUGCUCCACCGCAUUGGGUGGUGGAUGUUGUAUUCCUGGUUACGAAUGUGUUGAAGGCGGAUGCGCAUACAUCUCCGUGGUUACGGUAACCAUAGAAUCAACCGUGACCGUCUCGACAGUAACCCACACGACAUCCCAACAAACAAGCCACUCCACCUCAUCCAGCACAAGCACACGCUCAACCAGCUCCACAUCAAGCACGAAAAGCACCAGCACGGAGAGUCUCACCCCGCCAGCCCGCGGAACAAGCAUAACGACAACAACCCACUCAGCAACAACCCGUAUCGACGUCUGUCCAACAGGCUUCUACGCCUGCUCCGCCGUCUACGACGGAGGCUGCUGCCAAACGAACCGCGACUGCGACACGACCUCCUGCCCAACAACAUCCUCGACGACUUUCACCUCCGACGGGAAAACGAUAGUCAUACCCGUCACUACGGCAUCAUCGGGAUCUUCACGCACAACAGGCAAAUGUCCCGGUGGUUGGUUUAGCUGUGCCGAUACGGCGGGUGGCGAUUGUUGUCCGAGUGGGUAUGCUUGUGGUGCGAGUAUUUGUACUGCGACGGGCUCGGUGGCUACAACUGUUGCUAAAGAGGCGCCGACUAGCAAUGGCGCUGGUGUUCAACGUGUUUCGGGGGUUUUUCUCGGGGUUGGUUUGGCUGGUUGGGCCUGGAUCUUGUGA